CCGGCACGCAUUUUGCACCGCAAAAUGCACCGGGAAGCUUUCAAAAGCGGUACAUUUCUCGUAGUUCCCCGAGCAUUCGCCAGAGUCGCGGUGGCCGCUGCGCAUCGGCUGUGCGCAAACGUACGUGCGUACUCCGCCUCCACAUUAAAGUGGCGGGCCGUGUGCAAAUCCCACGUGUGACGCGCGGUUCCUUCCGUAGUUACCUUUUAUUCCAUAUUGUAAAACAAACACGGCGCUCAACUGACGAAGAUCAGGCCGGCAAACCAGGAGGAGCCGCAGCAGGUGGGCGCCGAGGGGCGGGUGGAGUGAGUCGAGAGCCGAGGGUGAGGAGGCCAGGGAAGUAUGAGUGCCACCACGGAGUGCUACAAGUGCCACAAGCUGGGACACUUUGCCCGCGAGUGCUUCCAGGAUGGUGGCAGUGGGGGAGGGGGACGAGGUGGCAUGGGCGGAGGGGGACCACGGGGCGGGGGCCGCGGCGCCUCCCGAGGCCGCAUGGACUACAAGCCUCCGAUUAGAGAGAAGUGCUACAAGUGCAACCGGAUAGGCCACUUUGCCAGGGACUGCAAGGAGGCCGAGGACCGGUGUUACCGCUGCAACGGCACUGGUCACAUCUCCAAGGACUGCCAGCAUGGCCCAGAUGAAAUGUCGUGCUACAACUGUGGCAAAAUGGGCCACAUUGCACGUGAGUGCAAGGAGCAGGAGAAGACAUGCUACAUCUGCCACAAGCAGGGACACAUCUCCAGGGACUGCGAGCAGGAUGAGAGAAGGAGUGGUGCUGGCCUGUCUCUCCAGUGCUACCUGUGCGGCAAGCUGGGCCACAUCUCCCGAGACUGCCCCAACAGCGAGCGGGAUGACCGUAAGUGCUACAACUGCGGACACCUGGGACACAUCAGCCGGGACUGCCCCGAGGCAGGAGGCAACGACGCGGUCGCAGACGUCUGCUACCGCUGCAAUGAGCGUGGGCACAUAGCACGUAACUGCCGGUCCACACGCGCCAACAACCGCUGCUACCACUGCGGUGAGGUGGGCCACCUGGCACGGGAGUGCGAGAUGAAGGCCUGAGAGACGCUCCUCCCGCUGUUCGAGCCGCUGCACAGCGCCACCUUUGAUGCGCGACGGACAGUUCCGUUGCCCCUGCCCUCCUCUCCCACUCGUCUCUCUUGGGAAAGAAGUAGCUGCUCCCUCACCCCCUCUGCUGCUUGCGCAACAGCCCGUUUGCAUCUGCAUUGCACGCUGGCAGCCACAUGCUGUCUCUAGUAAGGCGAGGAAGGAUGGAGAGCAAGGUUCCUGACCCAAGUGUUGCCCAGAAGUGGAAUUAUGUUGGUUUAUUUGGCACGAGGGUCAAAGAGAUCCUGAGGGUCUGUGUUGGUCAUUGGUGGGGGCUGGCUUGCCGUUAUUGUUGUUGUUGACCAUUGUUCCACGAUGGUGGCGAGUGUUCCUUCUUCUGUGUUUGUUUGGCAGGCGCAGCAGAUUUGUGAGGGGGGCGGGCUCCUGCCCUUUUCUCUGUGACACAAUCGCGAGGGGGCCAGUGGGGGAGCAGGCAUCCUGUGGGGGCCAUCGUUUGUUGUUGUUGUUGACGUUGUUGUGGGGAUGUUUCUGCUGUAAGCUUCUCUCAGUGCCCUUGACCCCUCUCUCUUCCCCCCCCCUUUGUCAAGCCAACAGGAAUGGAGAAAAAAAGCUUUGCAUGUGCACAGUUGAUCAAAGUCCUUGUAGAAUGUGAAAAGAAGGUGUAUUGAAGUGUUUCUUUGAGAGACUUCUGCUUUGAGCAGAGUUUAAAGGAAGCGAGAAAGGGGUGUUAUCCUGAAGGACAGGGUAGUCCCAAUGCAGGUUUGCAGAAGCUUCUGGUUUCUGUCUCAUUUCGUCUGUGAAGCAUUGAUGUGUCAUGGCAAGGUUGGACUGCAGUAAACUCUGCAGGAAUGUCAAUAGUGUGAAAAGCAGCGUGCAGUCUCUUGAAUUUUGAAACAUGGCGAUGGAAAGGUGGCAACAAAGACCAGUAAGUGACGUGGGGGGGAUGAGAAACAUUAUUUAUUUUUGUUGAAUAAAGACCGUGUAACUUGUACUGCUAACAGUGAGAAAAGGCGGAUGGUCUUUUGCCCUUCCGUGAGGCGUAAUCUCGACGAGGGGAGGGGGUGGAUAGCUUGUUUCCGCUUCCGCAGUUUGUUGUGCGGGCCCAUAGGUUUUGUUGUUUCCUCAACCCUCCCCACCCCCUCGUUGAGGAAGAAUGCCAAGGAUUGGUGGUGUACAAAAGUGAGAUUUCGAGCAGCAUUGUACAAAAAGAAAAGACGAGAUAGAGUGAUGACGUGACAUUUGCGCUCAAAGAGAGAGAGAGAGGGUUCCUCUCCAGCGGGGAUUUUUGCAUUGGGGGAGGGGUAAGGGCUUUUCUGGGCGUGGGGAUAGAGGCUCUUGGCAAUCUGAUCUUGCUGCACUGUUCUAGUUUGGUGUGAGCGUGUUACAUGUGUUUGCCCAGGAAGCUCUGCUUUUUUGACAAACUCUGCUCCCGCACCCAAUCUUUUUGAGAGUACCUUUUGUAGGGCGUGCUGCGUUACAGCUUCGUAACAGAAAAAAAAAAAAGUGACAAGAGGGGCCCAGCUCCAGAGAAAGACCAAAGGCUUCAGAGAUCUGUGACGACCAUUAAGUGGACGCACACACACCACACCUUGAAUUGUUGAGCCUUGCCCGUUCCCUCAAACUACUUUGAUGCUGCAAUGUGCACGUUGUGUAGGUGGAGGCAUGAGUAUAUAUAUAUAAUAUAUAUAUAUAUAUAUAUAUAUAAAUAAUAUAAUGUGUAAAUAUUUGUUGAAGAAGAGAAAGUUUCCCAGAGAUAUUUACAGCUGGUUCAUCACAAGUUAUCUGAGGUUGUUUGGAUUCCAUCCCAGAGGCAGAGUUUCAGUAGAGACGCAGUUAAGCACCCUGCGUUUUCUGUUUUUUUUUUUCCUUUUCUUUUUUUGCACGACACCCACCAACUGAAAGAAAAGUAUGGUUGGGGGGGGGGGGGGGGGGGAAGGGGGGAACGUACAUGUCUCAGCCGACAAAACACUAGUCUUCUUUACAAGCACUUGCGUAUUACGACCAAAAAAAAAAAAAGUAUACCUCACUCCGGGAUCAAGAUGCGCACCAGAAACAUCUUGGCUGAGGUUUACAUGACUGGCAUACUUGUGAAUGCCUAGCUGUGAUUUGAAAGGUGGAAUGACAACGCUUUCGUGCAUUUGUGUUGCCGUAUGUUUAGUGACCGGUAGCCAAUACCGUGUGAGCUGCGUCAUCAAUGACACCAGAAGCAAGCCAUCAAUUCAAUUGGCAUUGGCAUCACAGUACGUUUUGGUAGUAGACGAAGAGGUUGUUAAACAUUUGUAAGAGUCUCGAACGUACUGAUGAUGGGUGCAAAUUUAGCAUGCAUCCUUAUUGCUGUUACUUCCUCCCAAAAUUCCUGGUGGUAGCAUCAACAACACAUCACAUUUUGCACCUCCCACUAUGGGGCAGCCAUACCAAUGUGCAAUAAUUGCAUAGCCUGAGAGCCGUCUUCGAUGAACUGGGCAGCAAAGUGUCUGCACCGCUUAGUGGUUACAAGUGCUUAUGGCAGGCCAUAAGCACUUGUCUUUGGUAUAACAGCUUUGCAAAUGCUAAGCUAGUGAUACCAGUGCUGGCAGGUGCACAUUGCGCACAUAGAAUGUGUUAAAACACACAUUGCCAUGUGUGGUGGCGUCUCUGACGAGACAUAUUCUGAAGCCACAGAAGAGUUCUAAGUGAGCCCGACUGUCUGACACAGAAGCCAGAUAAGUAGCGCGCCCAAAGUGACAAAACACAGUUGGAUAAGUCAUGAAAAAUGCUCAUGGGCACCGUUUCUAAAUAAAACAAAUUGCCUUCAUUCUCACAUUAUGGAGUUUUACAAUCUGAAGUCUGUUACUGACAAACCAUGGUUGGCAAAGGUCAGCUGAGUAGAAAUUUUAAAUUACAGAGCUGAAAAAAAAUGGUAAGUUUGUAAUUGGUCAACUGAAUUUAUGCCCAGAAUCAACAUGAAAGGUCAAGACAUCUGCUAACUAUUAUAGUAAGUUGCAGCAAGUUCAAGGCAGUUGCUACUGGAAUAGUUGAUCUAUUGAAAGUGGUGACUAAGUGACAAUGCAUAGAAGUAAUGUUAAGGUUUAUGAUUGUCACUGUGGCUUUACCUGGCCAAAUGGCCCUUUCUUCAAAUGCUUCACUAUGUUGUGGUGUGCAUUGUCCAUUUGUGUUGGUUCUUUCUGCAGAUCCAUUCAGCUUACAAUUACAACAAACUUGGCAGCAUUUUGUCCCCCCCAUUUAAUUUCACAUUUAGGCCUUCCAGCACAGCUGACUAAUGGCAGCCAUAUUUGUUGGGUUAAAGUUUAGAUCGUAAGCAACCGCAAUAAACAGAGAUAAUUUGUUUUCUCCAGAACAGUGACCAUCAGCAUCAGCAGUUUUGAGAUCUCAUGUUGGUUCUUUCCGUGCGUAUUCUCCCUUCGGCUCAGUUAAUUGUUGCUACGUCCCAGCUGGCUCAGAUUUAGAUGUUGCAUUACCAAGUUCUGCAGCCCAAUGCGUGCUGUUACUUGUGAACAACUCCUUUAUGUGAUAUGCUUAGAAAACUUGAUGCCUGCAAGUUUUGUCAAUGCAAGCGGCAGGCAGUAGGAGUGGAGAGGCAGUGUAUGGCAAUGCCUUUCCGCUUUGUCGCAAGUUGCCCAGUCGUGUAAAUCGCAGACCUCGGUGACCGGGCUGCUCAGCCAUCUUGGAACGUCCACAGUGUUAUCUCGCGUGCAGCCGGAGCCUUCUGUCGUUGUACCUUUUUCGGUUUAAUUUUUGUUCUCGUUGUUUUUCGGGGCAUUCAUGCAGCCCCAAUCACAGAGGAGACCUGUGCUAUCUAAUGUUAUCCAGUGACAUCAAGGUGUACAAACUGGGAUGUGAAAUGAGAAAAAAAAAAAUAAAAAUGGAUUGGAAAAGGUCCAAAAAAAGUGUUA